AUGUCGUUUUACAGCAGUGUAAGCGAAUUAUUGCGUCCGGUAACGCAGUUCAAGUUUUCAUCACUUGUUAACGUGUCUCAAGUGCGUAAUGCUACCAAAAGAGUCUCUGGUUCUAGAACCAACAAGAAUGAUUCUGCUGGUAGAAGAUUAGGUCCUAAGGCAUACGAAAAUACUUUUGUAAAGCCAGGUCAAAUUAUAAUGAGACAAAGGGGUACUAAGAUACACCCAGGGGAAAAUGUAGGGAUUGGUAUUGAUCACACUAUUUACGCUUUAGAACCAGGUUAUGUCAAGUUCUAUUACAAUCCUUUCCAUCCAUACAGAAAAUAUGUUGGUAUUUCAUUGAAGAAGGAUUUAGAUCUCCCAACUCCACAUUUUGAGCCCCGUACUAGAAGAUUUGGUUAUGUUGAAUUGACCGGCUUGGAUGCCACUAAGGAAGAAACUAGAAUGUCAAGAAAGGAGUUUUUGGCUACACCUAAGUUGAAGGCUUUACAAGAAGAAGAAUCUGCAUUUGCUCACAAGACUAUAGAAUAUUUUAAGGAGCAGUUGAGUGAAUAUAAAGAUACAGUAGAGGAUGAGAACAUGGGUGCUGAAAGAUUAUUCAAAAUUUAUCAAUUAGUCACAGUAGGUCAACCACUCGAACAAGCUCAAAUACAAGCCACCUUCGAUUACUUAUGGGAUUUGAAAUUAGCACACAACGGAGCUGAUAUCAGCACUCAACGUGAAAAAUAUUUGAAUUUCGUAGAGAAGUUUGACAAUACUGUCAGUGUUGAUUUCUCCAAUCUUCAAGACGCCAAAUUGUUUGCAUACAUUACACCUCAAGCAAGAUCAGCCAAGAAACAGGAGAUAACAAACAAGCUUGAAACCUCAUAUAGUAAUAAAGUGUUAAAGGCAUCUGAGAAGUCUGAAGUUAUGAACUUGAUAAAGUCUCCAGGUAUUUUCUCACAAAAGGAACAAACAGAUUUGACAGAUACUUUCUUGCCCAAGGUUUUACCUUUGGAUGUUCCAGGAUCUAUUAUCGAAGAUGUUGACACCAAAAAGCCUCCCAAGGGUGUUGUUAUCACCAGAGUUUACGAUGCUGAAACCAAAACCUUAAAAGUUGUUGGCAGACCAAAGGAGGUUUACUCCAACUAG